CCUGUACACUAUAGCUAUGCUGGCCAGAUCACGAACCUCUAUAAGAGCCCUCCCUCGGAGCUUACGAUCUUGUGUGCGGUAUAACUCAACUCCGUCUUACUCUACACCAGCACCGCUUACCAUCUCAAAUGAACCGAACAAGCUCCCUCACUUCCUCGCAGAAACCAUCAAAUCAACCGGACCCAUGACCGUCGCAACAUACAUGCGUCAAUGUCUUACCAAUCCCGAGGGCGGUUACUACAUCACCUCCCCCACGCCUUUCGGAUCCCGGGGCGAUUUCGUCACCUCCCCCGAGAUCUCCCAAAUGUUCGGCGAAUUAGUCGGUAUCUGGAUCCUCAGUGAAUGGAUGAACCAAGGCAUGAAACCGGAAUGUACGAUUGUGGAGUUUGGACCUGGAAAGGGUACAUUGAUGGAUGAUGCGUUGCGUGCGCUCAGUAAGUUCAAGAACUUUUUGGGUGCUGCGAAGUCUGUUCAUCUCGUCGAGGCAUCACCUGCGCUUAGGGAGGUACAGCGGGAAAAGCUAUGUGGAUCGACGAAGAUGGAGACUGUGGAUGGGGCAGCCUGGUCCUGCAAAUCGAAAUACGGACCAACGAUUUACUGGCACGAACACAUCAAGGAAUUACCGGAAGCCCUACCAUCGCCGUUCAUUGUCGCUCACGAGUUUUUUGAUGCUCUCCCCAUCCAUUCGUUCGAACGUACCAAACAAGGAUGGCGAGAGUUCCUUGUCGAUACCAUUGCCGCACGAGCAUCCCCAAUGGCCCGUCCCUCCGAACUACCACACAACCCCAUGCUCAUCUCUUCGACCAAACCAAAAGACGCGGACCCAGUCUUUCACCUAACACUAUCCCCUAAACAAACACCACACUCCACCACCCUCCCUCACCUAUCCCCCCGAACAUCCUCACUCCCAGAAUUGUCCCGCGUGGAGAUAUCCCCGGAUACACUGAGUAUCAUACACCAACUCGCACUCCGCACCGCAGCCCACGGUGGCGCACAACUCAUCGUCGACUACGGACCAGCCGAAACAGUGCCCGUCGAUACCCUCCGCGGUAUUCGCGCACAUAAGAUCGUGUCCCCCUGGGUCGACCCCGGUAAAGCCGAUUUGUCCGCCGACGUGGAUUUCGGUGCCAUCAAGCAUGCUGCAAAGGAAGCCAGUGGCGAGGUGGAGGUCCAUGGACCGGUCGAACAGGGCGAUUGGCUUCAUGCGCUUGGUAUCGGGGCCCGUGCGCAGGCAUUGUGGAGUGCGCAGCGGGAUGAGCCGGGGAAGAAAAGGGUCAUGAGUGCGUAUGAGAGGUUGACGGGUAAAGGGUUGAAGAGCAUGGGGAAAAUUUAUAAGGUUAUGGCUGUUGGGCCGAAAGGUGGAAAGACUCCGGUUGGGUUUGGUGGGAGCGUGUGA